AUGACCUUCAAGUCGGUCUCCACAUCCGGGACAGUGUCCAGCAAGGCAAGCGGCCUGUUCGACCUCAACGAGCAUGGAGACAAGUCCAUCCUGGUGUACAAGUACCGCUCCGGCGCAAAGGGACUAGACGUCACGACGGAGCGCGAUUUAUGUGCAGAGCUUGACAACAACUCUGAGUUGCCUUUCAUACGCGUCACACGGAAGCCCAUUCCGCGUGGAGCCAGCCGCUUGGACAUCUCCAACGAGGACCUGCUGCUGCCUGAGGAGCGAGACAAGUUCGCCGAGAAGCUCGCCCCCAAGAUCUCCGUCGCCAAUGUUGGCCUGCCCACAGCGGCCAAGUGGAGGCGCAUGAUUUUGGGCAGCUUCGAGGACCUCUACAUUGUCCAUCGUGGGCACUCGCUUACACCCGAGUCCUCCAAGAACAACUCUCCUGAGUCUUCGCAGCAAGUCAGCCCGGCGAGUACGUUUCCCUCUGACAACGCGCACCCGUUCCGGAAUCCGGACGCCUGA